CCUGAAUGCUUGGCUCUAUAAAAUCUACUAUCGACAAACCGAUACGACGGGAUUCAUGGCAAUAGUUACCGUGAGUAUGGAUGUGAACGUAAUGAAUGCGAGUAUACGCCCAAUACGCACCGACUGGUCCAUCGCUAUAUAAUCUCCGGUUUCCUCUCGACUUUCUACAGUACAGCCAUCCGAGUCUUCAGCCACCAGAUCGCCUGCCAUUACAAUCAUGUACACCUCACUCCUUUCCCUCACCGGCCUCAGCGUCCUCCUGAACGCUCUCAGCGUCUCGGCGCACGGAUACGUCAACGAUGCAACCAUCGGAGGCGUCACAUAUACCGGCUACCAGCCCUACUCGGACCCCUACUACAGUGUGCCUCCGGAGAGGAUCUUCCGCAAGAUCGCCGGAAACGGCCCGGUCGAGGACCUCACUUCCGUCGAUAUGCAGUGCGGCGGUUACCUGAACUCCGGCUCGGCUCCGGCCCCCCUGACCGCCCCGGUUACGGCUGGAUCGAGCAUCAGUCUGCACUGGACUACUUGGCCCGACUCCCACAAGGGCCCGGUCGUUACGUACCUUGCCAAGUGUCCCGGCGCCUGCUCGGCCUACUCCCCCGGCACCGCCGCCGUGUGGUUCAAGAUCAAGGAGGAAGGCAAACGCUCCGAUGGCACCUGGGCGUCCGAUGACUUCAUCACGGGCAAGGCCUACACCUUCACCGUCCCCUCGUCGCUAGCAGCAGGACAAUACAUUGUCCGCCACGAGUUGAUCUCGCUCCACUCUGCGUGGACAUACCCCGGUAUCCAGGUGUACCCAAGUUGCUUCCAGAUCACGGUUUCCGGCAGUGGAAGCGCUACUGGCCCCAGCUCGAAGGUCGCAUUCCCCGGUGCGUACGGUGGAACCAGCGCGGGUGUUAUUUUCGAUAUUUACCAGGGCACUGGUACCUACACCAUUCCUGGCCCUACCGUCUGGUCGGGUUAAAUUCCGGUCGGCAUAACUAUGGCCGUAUGGGGUUUAAGACGGAGAUGGUAGAUUUAUGUAAAUUUAUGUAUUUCAGCAUAAACAAAAAAAUCG